CCUGAUGAGCACUUUUAACAAUUGACAUGCCUUUUCAUUCCCAAGAAUGACACUCUUAAAUACUAAGAGCCCAAGAAUGAAUCGGAGGGUGGUUCUGGAAUGAUUGAUAUUUAGCGUAUCAAUAGAGAAACAAAUAUCUGUGUUUGAGGAAAUCUGAAUUGAAGAUGUCGCAUACGAAAAGAGCAUGGAAACUUCAGGAAUUUGUGGCCCAUGGUGCCAAUGUAAACUGCCUUGCUAUUGGACACAAGUCUGGUCGUGUAAUGGUGACUGGAGGGGAAGACCGAAAAGUCAACCUGUGGGCUGUAGGCAAGCCCAACUGUAUUAUGAGUCUGACAGGACACACCACUCCAGUAGAGGCGGUACGAUUUGGUCAUGAAGAAGAAAUUGUCGUAGCAGGAUCUGUGUCAGGAGCUUUGAAAAUAUGGAACCUGGAGGAAGCGAAAAUCAUGAGAACACUUACUGGUCACAAUUCAAGCAUUAAGAGCCUGGACUUCCAUCCAUUUGGAGACUACGCUGCUUCAGGAUCUAUGGACUGUAAUAUAAAGUUAUGGGAUAUACGACGAAAAGGAUGUAUCUAUACAUACAAAGGUCACACUAACUAUGUUAAUUGUGUACGCUUCAGUCCUGAUGGCAAGUGGAUAGCUUCAGCCAGUGAUGAUGGAUUGGUGAAGAUCUGGGACAUCACUGCUGGACGAAUGCUUACAGAGCUUUCAGAACACACAGGGCCUGUCAAUGUAGUAGAGUUUCAUCCAAAUGAACUGUUGAUAGCCUCAGGCAGCUCUGAUAGAACUGUGAAAUUCUGGGACCUAGAGACGUUUAAGAUGGUAUCUACAACAGAUGGAGAUUCCUCUCCUGUCAGGCGGAUAUUUUUUCAUCCUGAGGGUCAGUGUAUGUUCAGUGGAGGUCGCGACAUGAUGAAAGUUUAUGGCUGGGAGCCUGCAAAGUGCUACGACUCUAUUCCAAUGAGCUGGGGAGAGGUGGCUGAUAUAGGCGUGGCUCAAAACCAGCUCAUUUGUGCUUCUUUUAGUAAAACAAAUGUGUCAAGUUUUGUCGUAGAUUUACAGAGAGUGAAGCCAUGUGGCACAGUACCUCACUCGGAUGGACCGCCCAGUCCCUCUGUAGGUGUGACAGUUCACAAUUCAUCUAAAAACAGUAGCGGUAGGAGAAGUUUCAUCACAGAGAGACCUCCAACCACGUCAACAAGACAAGCGAGUGUACCUAAAGAGGAGGCUGAGGAGCCGACACAUGACAAGGAUGAAGGAUCAGAUGAAUCUGUGGCAGACAUACAGAACCCUAAGGACUACCAGAACAUAUUCCAGACAAAGUCAAAGAUCUCGCGCUCUCCCACUAGACAGUCACCAUUCAUGCCACCUCCCGAGGAUGGUCAGCCUGAAGUUUUCCCAGUACAUCAACCAGCCCCUACACCAGCCCCUGCCACACAGCGGACAAAACCAGUCUCCAAGGCCACCAGCAAACCCACUGCGGUCUCCAAAAGUGCUACUCCAGUUGUCAAACCACAACCCUCAAAUCCUACUCCGAGGUCCAACCCCCCAACACCUGCACCACCGCCUAAAGAACCUGACCUGGUGUCUGGAAUCGCUGCAGAAGACUUUUUACCUAAAACUGGCCAUGGUGGCUCAACCCCUAGUGGAGAGCAAGAUGAGGAUACAGUUCUUGGUGCUGUCCUCAAAGGUCAUAGUGCAAUGGCACAAGUUAUGUCCAGUCGCAGUAAAAACAUACAAAUUGUCCGAGCUAUGUGGACCAGUGGAAAUACGAAGACUGCUGUAGACUCCGCCAUUAGUAUGAACGACUUAGCUGUAUUAGUAGAUUUAUUUAAUGUUCUUAACCUCAAAUCGGGACUCUGGAGUCUAGAUCUGUGUGCUACGUUACUGCCUCACGUCAAGGAUUUGCUGAAGAGUAAAUAUGACAGUUACGUUAUGACUGCCUGUAAUGCCUUGAAAAUUAUCCUGAGAAACUUUGGGCCUGUGAUAAAAUCCAAUUUAACAGCUCCCCCGUCUGUGGGUGUGGAUAUCUCACGGGAGGAGAGGUAUAGGAAGUGUAACGCCGCUUAUAGUGUUAUUUUACAAAUUAGAAGUGACAUGGACAAACGACAAAACAUUCAGGGAAAAGUCGGUACCGUAUUCCGUGAACUACAAAUUCUUAUGAACAACUUGGAGUAGACGUCCAUUAAAGCAUUCAAACCAUUACAUUCGCAAACCCUGUCUCAGCACAAGCAUGUCAAUAAAUGUAAUACGAAAUAUGUGAGACCUCAUGGAGCUGUGCGUGAUUCCAAAUGUGUGCUAUAAUGGGACAUUAACAUACGAUUACUUUAAAGUGGCUGUAUGUUACUGUGGGAUUUUGAAGUAAGGGAGAGAACUUUUGAUGUUAAUGUAUUCAACACCAGAUAUAAAAUAGGUACAUUGUAUUUACAAAUCAAAAGUGAUAUGAACAAAGGAAAACUGUGUCCAGGGAAAAAUUGGUACAAUAUUCUGUGAAUCUGGAGUAAAUCAAUGCCAGGUUUGAACCAUUUAAAUUCAUAAUACCAUCUUGACAAAAACAUUGCAGUUUGGGAGAGGUGGAACAGUGCUAAAUUCCAUAAUUGUGGUGUCACAUUGAAAUAUUUACACAAUAUAUCAUAUGUUAUAGUGCUAGGAUGUGCGAUAUUGACACAAGGGAGACAACUUUUACACUGAAGGUGUUUGGGGAUACAGCAGAGACUGGUAUAAUCAGCCUGAUGUUUAGUCCCCUAUUUGUGAUAUGUAUAGUAUUCAUUGUUCAGCAUGGAGAAGGACUACAUGUACCAGGACGGUUAUCAGGUGUGUGGUUCGUCAUCAAGGAAUAUGAUUAACAAGAACAAUGUUUUACCUGUCGUAAGCCCAGGAGGCCUGGUCCAUCAGUAUAGACUAGCUCUAUCUGACCAUUUAUACUGGAGAAGUGAUCCUCCGUGUUUGGGCAUGAUGCAUCAGCUUAUCAGUGGUUACACUCAGAAGCUUGAUCAUCUUGAUGUUCAAAAAGUACAAAAGGAAUAACAGUAUGAUUGGACAUUCUAUGUGAUAACCUAAAGUGACCAGUGCAUUACCUAAAGUGAUCAGUGUAUUACCUAAAGUGACCAGUUUAUUACCUAAAGUGACCAGCCUUAACUAGCGAUGCCCUUUUAGCAAUAUUUGUUUGGAAAUGGCCUAGUAAUGAUUGUGUGUCUGUAUGUGUGUUUAUUAUGUGUGUUACAGUGCUUAUUUGGACAGGUAGGACUUAAGAAACUAUUACACUUGUGUCUUUAACCUGUAUGCUUAAGAUGUUAAGGAUCUCGACUGAUUGCUGCUGAUAGCCAGCUCAGUGCUGGUUGUGAUAAUGUAGAAUAUAAGUGAUGUUAUUGUGUUUGGUUAACAUCCUCACAACACACAAACAAAGCAAACACAAAUAAAAGCUUUAUUAGUCAAUAAACUUGUUGUAUUCCAAGAUAUCUUUAUUUAACUGGGGGAAAGGGUCUUGAAGAUAAAUUAAAAAUGAAAGAUAAAAUGGGACAAUGUCUUGUGUAAAAUAUAAAGAUGUUUAUUUUGUAACUUAGAGCAACAUUUAUGAUUUAAGCUACUGUAUAACAUUAUGUUAUAGAGUUUACCCCCAAUAAUGACUGACAUACUAUUAAUACUGAGGUUGUCUACCCCCAAUAAUGACUGAAAUACUAUUAAUACUGAGGUUAAGGAGCAUUGUGGUCAGUUCUCAGUAAAAACAAAAAUAACAAACAGUGUUGUCUCGUCUUCAAAUCAAAGACAUUUUCUAUUAGUACAAGAACAUUGAAUAUUAAAUGGGAACAUGGGCAAAAAACAAAUGUUUAGUUUCUUAAUCAGGUAGUUCUCAUCAGAAUGUCUACAGGUCUUUAUAGGCAAUUUCAGGAUCAUUUAUUUCCUGAUCACCAUAUCUAAAAUUCUAUUUUAUGAGCUUCUACAGCAAUAAAUUAAGGUUUUUCAAUCUACAUUUCUCGGAGCUUCAUGAACAAAUUGCUUUUUUUUUAGUUAAUUUGCAUUUGCAAAUGCAUCCUGUAUUUUCUUCCUUCUUUUUUCUGUUUUUCACCAUUUUUUAUGUCACCUGAGACAAAGUUUUAAGUGACCUUUUCUAAUCACCUUUGUCCGUCGUCGUGAGUUGUCCAUCCUUAAUCAAUUUGCAUUUUUGACUUCUUCUCAGAAACCCAUGAACCAAUUUUAAUGAAAUUUGCAGAAAUCCUCCAUGUCCAAAGGUCAACCAAAAUUGUGAAUUAUAUGGUUCCCACACUCCACCAGGGGACUGAUGGGCGUGACCAAAAGGGGUCAAAUUGACUGAAAUUUCAAAAACUUCUCUAAACCCAAAUGAGGUGGAAUCAAAUACUUUUCAUAGAUGGAAGGGGUCUUGAGGUGCUUUACCAAAAUUGUGGAUUUUAUGACCCUGUAGUCUCAUGUUUUCUACUUGGGGAGGGAGGUAAGCUUUACUAUAGUUUAUAUAGGGAAAUCACAUUUUUGACUGAUUUGAUGGAUCUCUUUUGGAAUUAAUUCUCAGUUAGAAAUAGCAGCUUUGGAAGGCAGUUUGAUGGUUUCCAAAUGUUGGUCUGACUGACCCCUAAGGGCUGAUGGGUGGGGUCAAAAAGGUCAAAUUGGCAAAAAUAUUUCAGAAGUCAGGUGACUGUUCAGGCCCAUGGGCCUUUUUGUUUUUUUGUGUGUCAAUUGUUUGAAAUGAAGACCUUACAUGCUUGACAAUAGAUUGAAAUGAAGUGUGCCUUCUACUUGCAUGGUUUACUGGUGUGCUGUUUAGGUACCUGGGUCAGUACUUUUUAAAUCCAGAAUUAUGCGAAUAUUGUCCAAAACCAAAAUGCUACUAUAGUAGUAAAAUCAACAUAGAGAUGGCAUGGUAGUGAGUUGACAUGAAUGGAACGGCUUCUCCUUACAAAGUUCCCUUCCUCUGUCUUCUAUAGCUCAAUGUGUACUAGUUCCAUAUUGAGAAGGUUGUGGUUUAUACAGGGCCUCGGACAGGGAAUUAAUUGUGUAAACAAUUGGUUGUGUGAUGUAACAGGUAAACUUUCCAUGAUAAAGUACAAUUUAUAAUUAAUAAAAGUCUCAGAUACAUGACUGACCAUAGAUUAUCGGGUAUAUGUUGUUUAUGUAGUCAAUAUGAUCAUCUUUUAGGUGAUUGGCAGAAAUAAACAAUCUUCAUUAAAUAUAGGUUUGACUUUCCAUGUAAUAGUGAUGCAGUAUAGAAAUACUGAUUAUAAUGAAGGAGUACAGUGAUAGUGAUUGCUGUUCAUAUCUAACACAUAUGAAUGUUAGUGUUUACAGUUUAUUUGAGUUUUAACCCUUUCAACCCUAAGAAACUUAAGUGGACUCUGCCAUGCAUUCAUCAUUUGAAGUCUAAUAUGGUCAGUAAGGGUGAAAGGGUCGAAGUCAAUAACAUGUAGCAUUCAGAGUCCUAUCACUGUAGAUAUGACCAUUUAAAAUGAGAGAUUGUGUUUUUGAAAUAUAUGUACUUAUGAGUGUGAAUCUAUGUAUAAAUGGAUAAUAAAUCCAUCAGUGUAGGAUUUGAUUCCUUUUCUAACUUUUCCUAAAAAUGCCACUCUCUAUAAUGCCAAAUAUUGCUUAUAUUGUGUAGUUUUAGAUUCACCAAACUUACACAAGAAACAUAUUUAUCCCUAGAAUUGUUUAAUUUUACCAUAUGAAAGGUGGGUUGGUUACAGAUCUGUGAACCAUUAGGUAGAAUAACUGUCUUCUGAUGUGACUAAAAGAUUGGAAUAAUUAUAUAAAAUUGUCAAUAUUAUAGUACAGAGGUAUCACUCUUACAUCUGAUGUAAGUAAUCAUCAGUUAGCUAGGUAAUAUUCACUUCAACAUACUACCCCAGUCUUCAUUCCUAGUAUAUGGUUGUUAACAAUACAGGUGAGUUUGAGGAUGAUUUAAAAAACGGGGAUGAGUUAUCUCCCUUGUAUAUAUUCCCUGUUGUACAGAACAUUAACCACACAGAUACUAUGAUAAUAAGGGUAAUACAGUCACAUUCUAGUCCACAUGUCAUGGAUACAGGUGUAUGGUAUAUCAACAGACUACAUUGUCCCGAAUGUUACAGUCACAUUCUAGUCCACAUGUCAUGGAUACAGGUGUAUGUUAUAUCAACAGACUACAUUGUCCCGAAUGUUACAGUCACAUUCUAGUCCACAUGUCAUGGAUACAGGUGUAUGGUAUAUCAACAGACUACAUUGUCCCGAAUGUUACAGUCACAUUCUAGUCCACAUGUCAUGGAUACAGGUGUAUGUUAUAUCAACAGACUACAUUGUCCCGAAUGUUACAGUCACAUUCUAGUCCACAUGUCAUGGAUACAGGUGUAUGGUAUAUCAACAGACUACAUUGUCCCGAAUGUUACAGUCACAUUCUAGUCCACAUGUCAUGGAUACAGGUGUAUGGUAUAUCAACAGACUACAUUGUCCCGAAUGUUACAGUCACAUUCUAGUCCACAUGUCAUGGAUACAGGUGUAUGGUAUAUCAACAGACUACAUUGUCCCGAAUGUUACAGUCACAUUCUAGUCCACAUGUCAUGGAUACAGGUGUAUGUUAUAUCAACAGACUACAUUGUCCCGAAUGUUACAGUCACAUUCUAGUCCACAUGUCAUGGAUACAGGUGUAUGUUAUAUCAACAGACUACAUUGUCCCGAAUGUUACAGUCACAUUCUAGUCCACAUGUCAUGGAUACAGGUGUAUGUUAUAUCAACAGACUACAUUGUCCCGAAUGUUACAGUCACAUUCUAGUCCACAUGUCAUGGAUACAGGUGUAUGUUAUAUCAACAGACUACAUUGUCCCGAAUGUUACAGUCACAUUCUAGUCCACAUGUCAGGGAUACAGGUGUAUGUUAUAUCAACAGACUACAUUGUCUCGAAUGUUGGUGUGUUUUAACAAUCAUAUGUUAUUUCAUAAAACUAGCCCGGUGAUCCACUUUCACCAAAAUACUAUCGUUUUAGAAUUACUGCUAAAAUCAAUUUGCAAUAAAAUGUUUUAGAUGUUUAAAAUGAAAAUAUUGUUGCAAAUAUUUGUUUCUCAAUUUAGAUAUAAUAACUGAAUUAUUGGAUGUUUUCAGUUCAGUAACGGGAUCAGAUUUGUAGCCUGCCAUGUCUGUGUGAGAUAGAUCUAGAUCAUAACAAGACAAAAAUCUUGGAUGAAUGACACAUGUGCCCAAUGGUAUCUUCCUACUCGAGAUAUUCAUUCUUCACUGUCAUAGGCCACACUGUAGGUGUCCGUGUUUCUGUGAAAUCUGGGGGACACUGAAUUACAGAGAAAAUGGUUUCAUGUAAAAUAUAAGGUAAACUUUCUGCUAAAUUUUUUUUAAAAAAAACCUAUUUUUUCCAGAAUUAGAAAUGCUUUCUGUGUAUCAGUGUUAAGGAAAUAAUUGUAAAGUAGUUACCUACAGUAUAAACAUUCCAACAAGCAUUUUAUGUAGCACUGAGCAGAAAAAGGUGGUUAACUUUUAUAGCUCUUACUGUAGAAGGGACUCGUAUUAUAAUGGGGUGUGUUCAAUAUUGUACUUGUACCGAUAGCAUUAUGACCAGGCCUUUUCUUUUUAGAGAGGAGGGAAGUUUAUGACAUACCAGAGUUAAGUUUGAACAUUUUAGUCUACAUUUGCCACCAGAAUCAAUCUUGAAUAUGACAAGUUCAACGACCAUCUUGCAGAAUUUCCUUGGAUUUGUUGGAAUCCAUCUUCAUAUGACAACGGAUGUCUGCAGGCUAAAUAGAAGCUGUCGGACUUCCUUCUCCUGUCCCUGCGGGUUUCAGACUUCCUUCUCCAGUCCCUGCAGGUUUCAGACUUCCUUCUCUGUCUCUGGGAGUUUUAGCAUAACUAUAAUAUGACCCAUUUUAAUAACACACCUGAAAGUUCCAAAGUUAUCAUCGUAUCUAAGUAGUUUAUGCUGUCUAGCAUUGUGAUAUAAUCCCCAGUAUUAUUUGUUUAGGAGAAAUUAUAAUUUACCUUUUCCUUUUAAUCAAAUUUCUAUUGUGUAUCAUAACUGUUAUGUGGCAUAGAACUAACCCAUGACUAGAUUUUUUGCUGCAAUCUGAAGAUAUGUGCUGUCUGUAUUGGAGGUAAUCACAGAGUUGUACAGAAACAGGAGGGGUGGACUGAAUUAGCUUGGAGAUUUUACAUUUCUGUCUUUGGUAAGAAAUCUUGUCGAUAAAUGGGAUUUCACAUUUCUGUCACAGGUAAGAAAUCUUGUCGAUAGAUGGGAUUUCACAUUUCUGUCACAGGUAAGAAAUCUUGUCGAUAGAUGGGAUUUCACAUUUCUGUCACAGGUAAGAAAUCUUGUCGAUAACUGGGAUUUCACAUUUCUGUCACAGUAAGAAAUCUUGUCGGUAGAUGGGAUUUCACAUUUCUGUCACUGGUAAGAAAUCUUGUCGAUAGAUGGGAUUUCACAUUUCUGUCACAGGUAAGAAAUCUUGUCGAUAGAUGGGAUUUCACAUUUCUGUCACAGGUAAGACAUCUUGUCGAUAGAUGGGAUUUCACAUUUCUGUCACAGUAAGAAAUCUUGUCGGUAGAUGGGAUUUCACAUUUCUGUCACUGGUAAGAAAUCUUGUCGGUAGAUGGGAUUUCACAUUUCUGUCACAGGUAAGAAAUCUUGUCGAUAGAUGGGAUUUCACAUUUCUGUCACAGGUAAGACAUCUUGUCGAUAGAUGGGAUUUCACAUUUCUGUCACAGGUAAGACAUCUUGUCGAUAGAUGGGAUUUCACAUUUCUGUCACAGGUAAGACAUCUUGUCGAUAGAUGGGAUUUCACAUUUCUGUCACAGGUAAGAAAUCUUGUCGAUAGAUUCAAUUUCACAUUUCUGUCCAUUGGUAAGAAAUCCUUGUUGGUGGAUAAGAUUUUUUUUCUGCUCGGUCACAGGUAAAAAAAUAGUCAUUGGUAAAGAAAAAUCACUACCUCUGAAUAGAAUUUUACAAAAUUUUGAAAUAUAUGAACUAUUCUGUAACUAUAUUAAAAGAGAUAUUUUCUAUACUUUUAAUAAUUCAUUAGGGUUAAUUUGUGCCUAGCCCAAGUUUCCUCUGGCCCUGACACCAUAUCUGGUGUACACCAGACCUGGUAUCAUGGCCAGAGGAAACUCGGGCUAAUUUGUGCCCUAUCUUUAUGAACCACUCAAGUAUUUUUGUUUUGAAAUAAUAGCCAAUCUGAUAUAUCACUCCUUUCUGAGUUCACCUAUUGGCUGUCCUUUGUACAUUUAUUAUAAAUUGACCAAUCAGCUGAUGUGUAACAUUAAAAUGGGAAUGUCCUUGGAAUUAUGGUUUGUAGAAAUAACCUGCCAAAACCGCCCUUUCUGUGUAGUUCAAACCCAGGAUUUGUCAAAUCUGAAUAAAAGGACUACCAGGGUAAUUUUGUUAGUAUUCCAAUUAGACAGUUUUAACUGGUUUUCAGUUUAGACUUCAUUCCCUCCUAUUCUGUAUCAAAUCUGUCUCAUAUUUUUGUUCAGUUCAGUUAUACAAAGGUCAUACAUUAAGAAGUAAAUUUGGACGUACACUAUAUCGUACCUUUCUGGUAGGUGUUGGUACCUGGUGUUAUAUGGAGUUAACAAGAAAUAUUUCACAUCACGUCAUUAUAGGAGAGCUCCACAGUUGCAUUGUAAAUGUAAACUUGAUUCAUUUUACAACAGUUGUGAAACAAGUUAUAUCAACUUACAUUAAUUAUGUUUGUUCCUGGAUGGAAGUGGACAUGGUGUCUUAGUGGGGAAGGAAAAUGGAGUAUGUGUAGGAAACCCAUGUGGAUAUGUAGGUGACCCCUAACCUUUUCAUGUCCGCUCAGGGAAUCGAACCCUGGCUGUCUAGGUGAAAGGCAGGCGUGUUACCACUGUACCACCCGACCACCCAUUACAUUCAACCCUCUGAAUCAAUAAUAUUUUCUUUUUAGUUUACUUGAAAGUACACUUGAUUGUUAAAGAUAUUAAGAAUGAAGGAUGGGAUGUGUAAAACAAACAUGUACAAGGUGUUAAUGUAAAUCAUCCAAUAUUUCACUACUUUUUUUGUUAAAAAGUACUGGUAGUUUAGAAUCUCUUAAAGUAGUAUUCAUUUUGCUGAACUCUAUAACCAGUUUUAUGACUGCUGCAGUGUCUUAUAUGUUUAAAUCAUACUUAAUCUUCUAUGGUUUUGGGCCAUAUUUAUCAUGAUUCUUCUGACAAUCAUACGUUCCACUCAGGCCUUGCACCAAAUGUCUUACAAAACCAAGUUUCUCGGUCUACAGAGGUUGUGUUGGAAACUUGGUAAGGGGAGAUAAUUUGUGUCUGAUAUUACAAUUACAUUGUACAUGUAAAAAGAAUAACCAUCCUCGUUUGCCAGACAUUUAGUGAUUAGGCCGAGAAAAGUCUCCAUUAUAGAUCCAUUAAGAUGGGUUGUGUGUACUGAACUCACAUACAAGGUCAAUAGUGUGACAAAAUAUUAAUGGAAAGUAUAGAAGUAUGUCAAUAUUCCUAUGUUAAGAAAAAGUAUAUUAUAUUUAAUAGUUUUAAUUUUGCAAAUAGUAAUUAUUACAGAGAUAUGAUUCCAAUUAAAUAUAUUUGUUAAUGUGUGUGAGUGAAUGAAUGUACUCAACCUAGUACAGGGUCGUUAGAUUAUUAAUGAAUUAAAAUAAUGUUACAUUGGUUGAAGAUAUCUUACUUUAUAACGAAUGACUGUAUUUAAGUUCUGCAUGUAUAUUUAAAGGGAAGAAAUACAAAAUAUUUUUCAAUUUUUUUUUUUUUUUUGCGAAAUAAAAUUUUGUAUUGAUUGUCACCUAACCAGAUAGAACAACUCAGCAUUGUUGAAAGCAUAAGUACUUGUAAUUAUUAAACUGUUGUGAUUACAAUAUGCUGUACUCUGAUGUAGGUUUUUCUUAAGGUCACAAGUUAGAAUGUAAAUGUAUAAGAUCUUGAUUUUAUAAAACUCAUGUCACUUUAGAAAUAUGCCAAGUUGAAAAAUUUAGAAAAUGAUUUUAUAUUAUUAAGUAAAGCUGAUUAUUAGGAAAAAUAAUUAGUUCUGUUAAAAUUAUUGAAAAUCAAAAAUUUAGUUACAAAUUAGUAGAUUUAGUUUGGCAAGAGAAAAAAAUGCAAAAAUGUUCUAAAGUCCUGUUAAUGAUAAUUUGUGACUGUUUGAGUUGUCAUGGCUUUGAACAUAGUGUUGUGGUGUUUAGAGGAGCCUGGAUACCCCUUUUAGCAAGUCUACAUUCUAACAGUUAAUUCCAUGAAUAAUUGAUUACCUUGCAUGUUGAAAAGGAAAAAAGGAAAACACAGAAAUGAUUCUCUUAGUGAUGAAAACGGUCAGUGUGUUUAAUCCAAUGUGGGAAUAGAACGAAUGUGCUACUGAAUAUUGUUUCUCAGAACAAAUUAUCCCUAUGCAAAUGUGAAAUAGGCUUCUUCAUCGAUAUGUAGGUUAUAUUGUAAUUUAUUUGUGUUUUAUGCUUCAAUAAGUGCUGUUUUGUCUUAGUGACGAAUGUGUUGUUCCACUUUGUAUACGGCUAAGUCCACAGAACACUGCAUUAUUUUUACACAAUAAAUAUUUCUGUACAAUUGA